CAGGUGAUGGGACAAUAGAUUUCAGCUGGCUGGCGCGAGGGAAUCGCACACGGCGUGACUGACAGAACAGACAGAUCCACUUAUCAACUUGCUAACUGAACGUGCACAGUUGACUGCUUGCUUCAUCGCUGGUCAUGGUUAUCAGUCGCUGGCGGAAACUACAAUACCUUCUUGCUCGAGCUGCUGACUUGUUCUUUAUCUGCUGGGCGUGGUGAAUUGGAACCACUUCCGAGUAUCAGUUGUCACUGUAAUUGCUGCUGCUAUUCCUUCUUUGGCUGCCUCUGGGUGUGGAUCACAGGGGGCCAGUUUUUUCAUCUGGUCAUUCUCUGUUAUUCUAUCACCUUCUACAUGGACAACAACAACAUCGCUAUCACCGUGGUGGGUAACACUGCCCCUUCUUCAGAAAGUACUCUUGUGACCGCAGAAGAAGAGGGGGAAACAAACAGUGUAACCACUCCAUCUUCCUCAACAGUAAUCAAGUUUAUAAGUGGUCUAGUCGUUGAUGAGGGAGAAGAUGACGAUGAGGACGAUAUGGAUGAAAUGUCGCUCUCGGUAGUUAAUUGUUGCGGUGAUGGUGAUUGUGAGGACCAUGAAAGUCUUGAUGACGGUGGGGGAACAAUUGGGGAUGAUGGUGAUGCGUCAAAAUCAGUUAAAGGUCAAAGAAAACGAGAUCGCAGGGCUGCCAAAUUAAAGAAAGAAGCUCAAAAAGAGGUGGAAUGGGAUAUCGUACCUGUUGAAAGUGCAGCCGCGAGGGCUGCUAGACUUGAUGUUAGGCGUAAAAUAAACGACGACUAUGUAGCCGAUUUACGACACAAAGGACUUCAUAAUUUGUCAGGAGAAAUAGACCGCUGUUUAAAGAAAGUAUCUGAAGGAGUGGAAACAUUUGAAGAUAUUUGGCAAAAGGUCCACAAUGCGACGAACACCAAUCAGAAAGAAAAAUAUGAAGCUGAUCUCAAAAAGGAGAUCAAGAAGCUCCAAAGGUUACGUGAUCAAAUUAAAUCUUGGAUCGCGUCCGGAGAGAUUAAAGACAAAAGUACACUUGUCGAUACCAGAAAACUUAUUGAAACGCAAAUGGAGCGAUUUAAGGUUGUCGAAAGAGAAACUAAAACGAAAGCCUAUUCAAAGGAAGGACUUGGAGCGGCUCAAAAAUUAGACCCAACGACGAGGGAGCGAGAAGACCUGAACAAUUGGUUAAUUUCAGCUAUUGACUCGAUGCAAAUUCAAAUUGAUUCCUUCGAGUGUGAAAUCGAGUCCAUUUUAGCUGCAAAGAAAAAGCGCUUGGAUAAAGAUAAGCAAGACCGACUCGACGAAUUAAAAACCUUCCUCGAACGACACAGGUUUCACGUAACAAAAUUGGAAACUCUGAUGAGAAUGCUUGACAAUCUAGCAGCGGAUGUUAAUGCGGUCAGUCUUAGAACAUUUUUAAGUCAAGUCAAAAAGAUCAAAGAUGACAUCGAUUACUACUUAGAGUCCAGUCAAGAAGCUGAAUUUGAAGUGAAUGAAUUUAUUUAUGAUGAUAUUGACGGUCUCGAUGAGUUUGACGAUGGUCUCGUCGGCCAACCGGUCGGCGGUGGUACGGGAGAAGAAGGAACAGAGGAAGAGUUGCCAAUAUCAAUUACAACAACUUCUGGGAACAAUUCACCAAUUUCCCCCGUUCAUUCCAGUGAUGCUUCAGAUCCUGAAAAGAGGAGAAAAUCUUCAGACGACGUCUCCGUCAAAGUCGUCAGGCCUGUUGCGGUAAAAGCGGUGGUUCAGUCGAAUCAUAGUCCAAGUCCUGUAGGUGUAGGAGGAGGAAAGGCUGUCGGAGCGGUAGGAACACCCCCCAAGGGUGUCGGUACUCCAAAUAAUUCGUCUCCCAGCUCAGGGUUAUCCAAUCACGUCUCCUCGCUCUCGUCUCUGUCUUCGUCCCCCACUCACAACUACCACAAUGCUCUCAAUAACUCUAAAUCCAUAGGUAACGGUGAUGGUCACCCUGAUCUAACGGAGCACAACGACGGCUCUUCGACCACGGGUGGUUUAUGUUUUCGGGGUUUGUCCAAAUCUCCAGUCAUGGAUUCCAGCAUAAUUAGAGGGCCCUUGGGUGGUAUGUCAACAGUAAACGGGAUACUUGAAAACGGGAAUGGGAGUCCGACUGAUGAGGAUCAUUCAAGUCCACAUACUCAGUUAUUAACAUCAUGCAGUACACCAAUUACUGGAUCCAGCUUAACCAUGGAAAAUGGGCUUAUCUCCUCUUCCCCUCCACAAGAAACGACGUGUAGUAAUAACAACAACAACAUCUUGUUAAUGUCAUCCUCCUCCUCGACUGAGAUAAGCGGUGUGAAUGAGCGCCCCUCCUCCCACUCGUCCCAACAAUUACAACUCCAACAGCAACACCAACUCUUUGGAGACUCCUCAUCAUUAUUGUCAUCGACGAUGGAAUCACUUUCUAACUCAUCAUCUCUUCAGCAACCUUCUUCCUAUAUUCAGCAAGCUUUUAAUGGACUUGGCUCCGUUACCGGGGCGGCGAGUAAUUUAUCCGAAGGAUUUGCGUCAAACCUGGGUGUUAGUAGUAAUUCUCUGAUUAGCAGCAUUAACAAUAGUAGUGGUAGUAACUCUUGUAGUGUUUUGGGUGACACGUCUAAUGUGAUCGGACUACCUAACAUAAUUGGUGUGAGUAGUGGUGGUAUUCAACAAAUCAGUUCCACUGGGGAUCAGAUCUCCAGCGCUUUAGUGUGUGGUGGUGGUGGUGAGAGUGCAACGACGACGACGACGGCCUCAGUUGAUAUCUCCUCCUCUUCGAGUGGUGGUGUGACAAUGUUUGCUACGACAAGUAACACUUCUAGUAGUCUCAGUGCGAGUAGUGCUGGUGUUUCCUCCAGUCAUAAUAAUUCCAAUUCGGGCAUCUUGUCUCAGCAACAUAUUCAUCAGUUACAACAGCUCCAACAACACCAAGGGCCCAUCAGUCAAUGUGGAACCAACCUGGAACCGAAUAUUUCAGAAUAUCUGAGACUUCAAUCUCAGGAUCAAAUUUUGUUUAACAGAAUUCUCAGUGAAUCCGACUCCAUGGCUUCUUUGAAGUCUAUGGCUCAAGAUGUUCUUGAUCGCUCUGGUCUCAGUCUUGGCGAUAAUAGUAAAAAUUUGUCAGAAAGUAAAACAAGGGAGGCGCACAUCCCCCCACUUCUUGGUGUAGCUCCUCUGGGUCCUGUUCCUCUACAAAAGGAGCAUCAACUUCAAUUCCAAAUGAUGGAAGCUGCCCAUCAACACCUUCCAGUUUCUGCUGAUAGUGAACGUAUGCGUCAGUUUUUACCCAGAAAUCCGUACCCAACGCCACUCUAUUAUCCACAACAUCCAUUAUCAAAUUCUGAUACCUUUGAAUUUUUCAACCGGCUAUCGAUAGAAACGUUGUUUUUCAUCUUUUACUAUCUGGAGGGAACGAAAGCGCAGUACUUGGCCGCAAAAGUUUUGAAAAAGCAGAGUUGGAGGUUCCAUACAAAAUACAUGAUGUGGUUCCAACGCCAUGAGGAACCAAAAGUGAUUAAUGAAGAAUAUGAACAGGGGACAUACGUGUAUUUCGAUAUAGAAAAGUGGGGUCAGAGGAAAAAGGACGGAUUCGUGUUCGAAUAUCGCUAUCUAGAAGAUAGAGAUUUGGGAUAAUCGCGUCACACAUCGAACAAAAAAGAAUAUAUAACAAGCCGUCGUCGUCUUCAUUCAUGCUGCUGAUGUAUUUCCACGUGUUUCUUAAUUCUCAGUAAUAUGAUGAUGAAUAUAUAUUGUAUAUGUAAUCGUCGUCGUCAAGAAAGUACACUUCCUAAACCAUCCACUAUAAGCUCCCAUUAUAAUCAUCGUUCCAGUUGUUAAUUUUAAAUAAUAAUUUGAGUUACGUAAGAGAAAGAAGAAUUUGAAGCGAAUUAACUGUGUAUCUCGUCGUUGUUCCAUCAUCUCUCGUUGUUCAAUUCAUUUCAUAAAAUAUUCUUUUUUGUGUACCUCCUCACUUACUACGGCAAACCAUAUUUUUUGUAAAUUAAGGUUUAUGUGUGACUAUAUAAAAGAUUACGAGAGAAACAAAGAAAAGAGAGAGAAAGAAGGAGCCCUUAUUAUAGAGCAAACGGAAUCGAACCUACUUCAGACUAUACUAAAUGGAAACGAAAGUGACAAACGAUCCUCAACAAUGUUGUAAACCACCACCACACCACGAGAGAGAGCCCCAUUGAAUAUUAUCUUAGAAUACACCCAUUUAACUUCAUAUAAAUAAUUUUUCAAGAAACCAGUAAUAAAUGUUAUUUCUGAUUUUUCA